AUGUCCGUUUCCGAAAAAGACUUGGACCGCUUCUCGGCCCCAGCGACGGAGGAGGAGGCCGUGAUGCUCAAGUCGGACUGGACGCCAGCAGAGGAACUGAAGGCGAAGCGAAAGAUGGAUAUGAUUAUCAUGCCGAUUCUCACUCUCGGCUUCUUCUGUCUCCAGCUCGACAGAGGCAAUAUCGCCAACGCCAUCACGGACAGGAUGAUGCCGGAUAUCGGGAUCAACCAGGAUCAAUUCAACGUCGGGCAACAGAUGCUCUCCCUGGGUAUCGUGCUGUUCGAGGUGCCUGCCAAUAUGUGCCUCUACCGCUUCGGACCUGGUAGAUGGCUCACCCUCCAACUCUUCCUCUUCGGCAUCGUUUCCACCUUCCAGGCCUUCCAGACCGACUACGGAUCCUUCAUCGCCACUCGUCUCCUCCUCGGAAUCACCGAGUCCGGCUUCAUCCCCGGCGGUCUCUGGACUUUGUCGACCUGGUACACUCGAGAAGAGACAGCGAAGCGGGUCAUGUUUUUCUACUUCGGCAAUCAAUUCGGCCAGGCGUCGUCCAAGCUCAUCGCCUACGGUGUACUACACAUGCGCGGCGUCGGCGGCAAACCAGGAUGGUUCUGGCUCUUUGCACUCAUGGGAGCCUUCACCAUCCUCAGCGGUUUUGUCUUCGGCUUCUUCCUCCCAGACUCGUUCAAGAACCCUACCAGCACCUUCCUACCUCGGCGCAGACUCUUCACGGAGCGGGAGCUUCACAUCCUGCAGACGAGGGUAUUGAUUGAUGAUCCGAUGAAGGGGAAGAAGAAGUCGCACAUCGGCUUGGGCGCGUUCAAAAAGGCUUUUGGCUACUGGAGACUCUGGGUCCACCUCCUCAUCAGCUUUGCCAACAAUGGUCCUCAGCGAGCUUUCGACACCUAUUCCCCAACCAUCGUCGGCUCAUUCGGAUUCGGUGAUCUUCAGUCCAACGCUCUGGCGUCGGUCGGGUUCUUCCUCCAGAUCCCGGUAUCCUACGUCUUCAGCUACGUGUCAGACCAUUUCAACCUCCGCGGCCCCACCGUCAUGGUCGGUCUCACUUGCCAUCUAAUCGGCUACGUUUUCAACCUCGGCUUCACAGCUCUCUCCGAUCGUAAUGUCCGGUACUUUGGUGUCGUCUGGACUCAGGUCUUCGGCACCUUCUCCCAUCCACUCAAUAUCGCCUGGAUGUCCCUGACUGCUCGAGACUCGGAAGAGCGUGCUCUCGCCAUGGCUAUGGUCAUCAUGGGAGCCAACACAGCCGGCAUAUACGGUGCUCAGAUUUUCCGCGCCGACGACAGACCGCUCUACCGGCGCGGAUUUAGCAUAAACAUCGCCAUCCUAGCAGUUGCAAUUGGACUCGCAGCUGUUCGCUUCGUCGAUGAUCUCAGGCGACGCCGGAAGCAGAAAGGACUGAAUGAGCUGAGUGAGGAGGCGAGCAAUGAGGCUGGAGAUGUAGUCGGGGCUGAGGCGUUGUCGAGAUUCAGGGAGGAUCCGAAGGCGUGA